CACUAUAAGAGAAAGGCAAAAAAAACUCUCUUUACCAAAGCCUCACAAUUCUGUUCAAUAUUUCUCAUAACAAAUGGCUAGUUCUAACAAGAAGCUUGAAGUUCAAUUAGAUGAUCAAACUCAACAUAAAUGGUGUGUUUCAUUAGGAGAUGAAACUUUUAAAAGAUUCUUCAGCAUCACUAAUCCAACAGUGUUUAAGGUUUUUGGUGAUGGAUCAUUUUUUAGUCCAAUGUUGUUUGGAAAGUUCUUUGAUCCUUCAGAUGCAUUUCCUCUUUGGGAGUUUGAGUCAGAUGUUUUGUUAUCUCAUUUAAGAAACUCCAAUCAAAGCACUGUUGAUUGGUAUCACAAUGAUGAAGGCUAUGUGUUAAAAGCUGAAAUUCCAGGAACAGGGAAGAACAACAUUCAAGUUCAUGUUGAUAAAGGAAAGUUAGUUGAAAUUAGUGGACAAUGGAAGCAUCAAAGAGACUCAAAGGCAAAUGAUUGGAGGUGUGGUCAUUGGUGGGAAAAUGGCUAUGUAAGAAGGCUUGAGAUGCCAGAAGAUGCAGAUUGGAAGAACAUACAAGCAUGUUUAUAUAAUGAUAUAUUUUUAGAAAUUCAAAUACCAAAAAAGAUUCAACAUGGUUCUGAUCAUGCUCAAGGAAAAGAUAUGGCUUGAUAUUUAAUAUUAUGAACAAAUAUUGUAAAUUUGAAGCUACUAGAGUGAGUUUGUGACCAUCUAGUAGCUUCUUCUAUGCAAAAUUGAUCCCAAACAUUUAACAAAUUUAUAAUUCUAUAGUCGUAAUCUAAUAUUAUAAUCCAUACAAAAGAUGAAUGAAAACAAAAUUGUUGUGUAUAAA